AUGCGGAGGGAAUCCACUCAGAGGCAUAUGGGAGCCUUGUACGAAAGGAUAUCAGAAAACUACCGAGCUAGCUACGGGGGCGAGGGCCAGGUCGAGGUCGGGGCCGAUACAAGGGCCUUCCGGAGGUCCCGGGCGACUCGAGAUGGAACAAUUCAUAAGGAUCGUGUCCUUGCUCCAAAUUAUUCCUUCGCACUGCCAGCGGUGUCCUCCACACCCAACGCUAUGCGCGCCUGUUCUGAUAGUGAUCUGUGGGGUAUGGCUUGGCUAGAGCGUAUUUGA